AUGGACACACAACUCACCGCAAGCGAACUGCAGAUCCAAAACAAUGUCAAGAGCUAUCUCUCCCUUGCUGCAGUUACGAUCCUCUACUACGAUUACUGGUUGACUCUGCCGUUGGAGAUUGAGCGCUACUGGGCCCUGGAAGGAUUCACAACCGCUCGGUUUCUCUUCUACCUAAACAGAUAUACUUCGCUUUUCGCCCACGUCCCGGUCAUCGUAGCCUACUUUUGGACCGACGACCCCUUCAAUAAAGUCGAUGUAAGUUUGCUGCGGUCCCCUCUUCUCAUACCAUCAACUAACCUAAGCAAUCAGAUCUGCCACCACUUCCACUCUUUCCAUUCGUACUAUAUCGUAGCUGCGCAACUCAUCAUCGGCCUGAUUUUGACUAUCCGAACACACGCUUUAUACGCCCAUAACAGGAGGUUCCUCUAUAUUAUGUGCCCCAUCAUCGCAGGUCUGGUGGCACUCGGUAGCUGGGCUAUCGCCUCAUCCGAUGACGGGCACUCUAAUCCGGAUGCGCUGCAGGUGCAAGCGUGGCCCCGCAUCGGGUGCAUAGAAAGCUUGACGCAUACUGGCGGCAUCCAUCUAGCGAUCGCUUGGGCGUGCUUGCUCGUGUUCGACAUCUCCAUCUACGUCCUCACCCUGCGCAAGGCCUUCGGGUCGCACCGCGUCCCCGGGACGUCGCUCGUCCAAAUCAUCCUGCGCGAUGCCUCCGUAUACAUCGCAGUCAUCUUGGUGAUAAACAUGUCAAUCGUGUUGACGCUCGCACACCGGUCCGUUCUCCUCCUCAGCUUCACCCAGGCUGCGCUCAAGGGCGUCAGCACGACGUUUAGCAGCUGCGUCGCAUCCGUCAUCGUAUCGCGGCUGCUGUUCAACCUGCGCGACCCCGCGCUGCUGGGCAUGGCAUCCACAACCGUCAUGAAGAGCGAGAUCCAAUUCGCGGGUCCCGCCGGAGCUGGAGGAGGUGGUGGUGCAAGGAUGAAUAUCGGGGCCAGGUAUCUGCUGCUGGUCGUGGGCGCUGUGGUUUGUAUACAUUAUAUUAUCAGUUUCACACAUGAAGAGUACGGCCGAAUGACAUCCAUAAACAACAUCGCUUCCCAUUUCAAAUCCAACGCCCCAGCCGUGCCAGACACCAUCGAUACGGGGGACCCCACUCCAAACCCCCCGCGGCCACCCGAACCCGCAGCACCCGCAGCCCCACCGCGCGCGAACGCGACGCUGCUCAUCCUCGCAAAAUACGCCGAUGUGGACACCCUCGUGCCGACUAUCCGUGAUAUAGAGGAUAGAUUCAACAAGCACCACAACUACCCCUACGUGAUCCUCAAUCCCGAAGCAGAGUUUGGUGAUGACUUUAAGAAGCGUAUCUCGGUGUUGACGAAAGCAAAAAUAGAGUAUGGCGUCGUCCCGAAGGAGCUUUGGGACCAACCAGAGUGGAUAGACAAGGAGAAGGCGGAUAAGACGAGGGAGCAAAUGGACAAGGAUGGCAUCGUUUUUGGAGGGAGUCUUUAUCAUCGUAACCUGUGGCGCUUCAGAGCAGGGUUUUUCUUCAAGCACCCCCUCCUUCAACAAUAUCGAUGGUACUGGUGGAUUGACCCCGGCACCCGUUAUCACUGCAACAUGGGCGACCCCUUCCUUUUCAUGGAGCAAAACAACAAGACGUUUGGCUUCACGAUGACCUUGUACGAAUUCGGGUCUACAAUCCCAACGUUAUGGGGCCAUGUUAGAGAUUACAUGGGGAAACAUCCGGAGUACGUUGCAAAGGACAAUGCGAUGGAUUAUCUGAGUGAUAAUGGCGGGGAGACCUACAAUCGAUGCCACUUCUGGAGCAACUUCCAAAUCGCUGAUAUGGACAUGUGGCGGGGCGAGGCAUAUCAGUCCUUCUUCGAUUACCUAGACAAAAAGGGCGGUUUCUACUAUGAGCGCUGGGCCGACGCACCAAUCCACAGCAUCGGAGCCGCGCUCUUCUCGCAAAAAGACCAGAUCCAUUUCUUCGACAAUAUAGGGUACGAAAACAACCCAUAUAUACAUUGCACGCAGAACGCGACGCUUUGGGAGACGUCCAAGUGCGGGUGCGAUCCAAAGCGGAAUUUUGACUAUGACGGCUACUCGUGUAUGAAACAGUGGGAGAGGAUCCAUAAAUAG